CUGACUUUUACAAUUGCCAGACAUGCUAACAAAUACCAUUCAAAAAUUCCGCAACUGGUAGUUCAUCAAUAUAAUGACCAAAUUCCAUUUUCCCAUCAAAUAAAUGGAAUUUGGCAGGCAGUUACUAAACAUCAACACCUAAUAAACAAAAGAUUCAUCCACCACAAAUCACAUUCUUACAUUUAGAACAUUAUAACAAGAAAUACUUCAUAACACCAAGAAUCUCGAUUUAAACCAAAGACGAUCACUAUCCCAUCAAAACCUCCACACUGCAUCACAAUUCACAAUCACAUAAAAAAAAUUGCCUACCUUUUGUUAUUCGGCACAACACUUUUUUUCAUUCAACAUCAAAACCUUUUUCUUGAAACUCAGCUAUCACCUCAUUCCUCAUCCUCAUCCACAGCUUCAAAGCCUCCUGGUCGAACUUAUUGUCCUGCAAUUCCUUCUGAUAAUUGUAAGAAUCUUUAUCUGUGUCCAUGAACCCUUUGGGCCCAAUAGUCGUACCAAUCAUCCCUCCUUUAGUGAUGAAGUCCUCCAUAGCCUCUGCAUCACCUGGGUACGGGAAAUUCCUGCGCUGGUACGAACGCGCCAGAUCUCUUUCAUCCUUAGUUCUGGGCUUCAAAUUCCACCAGCCGAAAGGCGAUGUUUCGUUCAGGAGCCAACCGGCGCCAAAGAGGGCGUACGUGCACAAAAGGGCCUUGCCCACUUGCUUCCAGAAAUGGUGGUCUUCUUUGCCUAGCCCGACUUUCUUCAGGAGAAUACGAUUCACGAAGAGUAAACAGAUGAUUCAAAAAAAGGGGGCCCAUAUUAGAAAAUAACGUCAUAUCCUCGUAUUCUCAACGAUUUUAUCCAACAGGCAUUCUGUCGAACACCUCACAGGCAAAAGACAUUCAAGAAUCUAGGAGGAUUCUUGUCUAAACAAGAGAAAUGGCAUCUUUCCUAAGACCGCCGAAACGAAAGUCAAGGCAUUUUUAACGCUCGCCCUUAACAAACAUUACAAACUAUGAAUCUUUGUGAGCAAUCAGAGUGUGUAGAAACACAUAAUUAUGUACAGAUCAUGGAAUAACAGAAAUAAUACAUGGGUCGAUUGUGAUAUGUAUAGUUGGGGAUUUACCAGUUUCGGGCUUUCGAAAUCGUUUUAAAACCAUAGUUGCGUUGAAAGAUGAGAGGAAACAGAAAUGAUUUCACUGAAGUAGGAGAAGAUGUUUGGAUGACAAGCAAAGCAGCUGCGAAGGUGCUGAGUUUCAGGCUUUCAGCCUAUGUUACAACUUUAUCCAUUUUCCAUUUUUUCCUUUUCAGAAUCUCCAAUCAAAAUUAAAA